CGACUUUAGUCAGCAACGAGACGCGGACCGCUUCGGAAGUGUUUUUUUUCCGUUUUUUGUUUUUUUGACGCGCCGUGUGGUUUCGGCCCCCCUUAGAGGAAGGAGAAAUUUGUGCGCGAGAAGACUUCAAAGACGGUGAAGUGAGCAACGAAGAUACUGUUUUUUGAGUGACAGUGACACAAUAGAGUCGGGCGCUGAAAGAAGAUAACAUCCCUCCCCUCGGGCGACGGACUGCUGAUAACUCUGCGGUCACGUUGAUUGUGGAAAGCGAAAGUGAUUAUAACAACGACGAGACGAAAUUUUGUGAUCUUGUGUCUCAAAUCAGUAAGAAAUUAGGCGCAAUUCAAUCGGAGGGGCUGAACAUAUCAAACUAUCAGGAAGAAAGUGAAUCUCUUAGUGAACAACCGUUAAUCAGUUCAAAAUUUGAAUUAGUGAAGUGUCCGUGAAGAAAGGAAUUAUGCGCUUUGGCACAUUUGUUUCGGGCACCGUGUUGGUGUUCCUAGCGAUUGGUGUAGUGAAAUCUAACGUGGAUCCGCCGGAUUUCGAUUUCGAUGGGCAGAGAGCCGACGACCAGGAUGAUUACUACUACGUGAGUGAGGGGGAAGAAGAGCAACAAGUGCAACCAUCGCACAAAAUACCCAACUACAAUCGAUCCGCCGAGGACACCGGUGGUGAUCGUGGGGGCGGCGGCGGAGGUUUCCUGAUGGAGGACGAUGACACGAGCUUGAACGCGAUGGAAGACGUGGACUUUGUGGAGAACGCGGAGGAAAGUAAUUUCCAGCGCAAGAAGGACGCGAUGCGACAGAUAAUGACGAGGGCUUUCGCCAAUCCGGACAUGCAGAGAAAGUUCGCCGAAGUGCUUCCACUGCUGAAGGUGAUGACCAAAACGCAGCGGUCGACCCUUGCGGCGCUCAUAUCGGCCCAGGUCAACUCGAAGGAAGGCCACACGAUGUCGCUAGCGCAGGUGAAACAGAUGUUCGGCGAUCGGCAGGAACUCGUGCUCCCGCUGGCGUACGAUAUAGCAAACAUGAUUCGGGUGGUGGCCAAAAAAGAGAGCCUACUUCAUGAUCAGAACCCGACCGAAGAGGAGCGCGUGUCCAGUAAUCAGCUUCUGAGGAGAAGCUUCUCCGUGCGGUCCGAACCGGCUGGCUUCAAGAUGAAGUCGGUUAGGACGGCCGUUUCCAAUUUGAAGGAUGAUCGUCUGAUAGUCGAUCUGAAAGAUGAUGAAGCAACCCCGACCAAUAGAAGUGCUUCGGGGGAUUCUGGUAACCAACAAGCUCGUUCUAUGGCCAGAAAUGAACCGGUGUCGGAGAAGCUGGUGCAAUAUUCGCCGCGGUAUAAUGUGCAGACGACUAAAUCCAGGGAUAAAUCGGAGGACCGAAUGUCAUACCACGAGCGAAAGCUCAAUAUGACUGCCUUCAAUGCAACGAAAAUGGAGAAGGAUCAGCUGGCGCUGGCUUCGGAUGGUCCCAUCCCAGUGACGCUUACGAAGGCAAAUUCUUCGAGGAAUAGAAGAGUGACACAUCCACCUCCCACAGCUGGGCCGGAACCCGACCUAAGUACACCCAGUAUGGAGGAGAUCGAAGAUCUCGCCCUGUCGGGACUCAACGGAACCGAAUUGGAUGCUAUACAGGCAAAUUUGGAGCACGGAAAUGGCUCCGGUCCGGUUGCAGAGAUGCUGAUCAGUGAGUACAGGAACAGGCCGAAGGGGGCGAACAAAAUUCACCUGCUGCUGCCGAACGAAAAGUGUGACCAUUUCACCACCGGUGUGUGCAUUCGAGUGCAGAAUUAUCCAACGUCCCAAAUUAUGCACAGUAUCACCCGACAUAAAAAGGCUAUGGGAGCCCUGCUGGCAGAGUAUAUUGACAAAACCAACGAGAUCGAUAAGACUGCCUUCGAACCAGAGGAAAUCGACGAUUCAUUCAAUACCAAAUUAACGAAACGAUCGGACGAACCAUCAAAGACCGGCGGCAGUAUGUGUCCGAGUAUUAUCCGCUAUGCGAGACCUCAGAAGGCACGAUCCGCUACAGGGGAAUGGAAAUACAUCGUUAACACUGGGGAGCACACGCAAACUUUGCGACUGGAAAAGUGCACCACGCCACAAGACAGCUGUACCUACUUGACGGAUAACUUCCGUUCGCGCUGCAUUCAAAUCUACAACUACCACCGGCUGUUGAGUUGGGAUAACGCACGAGGUCUUCAUGUGGACAUCUUCAAGGUUCCCACCUGCUGCUCGUGUCACAUAGAUGGAUACCGGGAAGCCUUUCCUCCAUUGAACAAUUUCAACGAUUACGAACCGAAGAGUGAAUCGCUGGAAGACCCUUCCAUCGCAGCAAGUACUAUUUCAAAGAACUCCCAAUACACCACGCUAAAGUUUGACCACGACGAACCGGAAAAUGUGGAUGAAAAUAUCGCCUACCAUUUUGCGAAUGGCUUCCAGCGAAUGAAACCGCCGAGGUAUGAAACCGGUAUUAUGGUUCCGCCUGGUCCACCACAUCACGUUUCGAAGGGACGCUUCGAAAGACCCAAGCUGGCAGCAAAAAAGCAAGGACCGACUCAUUUCAUUCCUUCACCAGUGUUGGAUACCUACCUGAGUCCUCCACCUAAUGAAGUGAACCACCAUGCGCCAUUCAAACGAGGUCCGCAUUACUCCAACGAUAAUUCAUUGAAAAGAACGGCUCAUCUUCAUCCUAGUAGAACGAACCGAAGCCCGAUUCGGAAGCAAAUCAACCUAAACGAUCAACACGUCUCAGAAACAGACGUCCGUAUCAAUCAAGUUCAAGUUAUGGCCCCAGCCAAACCAGAACGUCUACCUCCUACCCAAGCCACGGAAAAACUCCGCAAACGGUACACCACACCGCCCGCACAAGGCCAGGCUGCCAAGAAGGACAAGAACCAAAACUAUAGGGUGAUUGGUCAACCACCAUCGGACGAUUCCCCUUCUGCAACGUCAUUCGUUCCAGUAACCACGACCACAACCACAACCACAUCGACCGCAGCGUCAACUAAUGGUCACCAGCGGAUCAAUUACAACUACCAUCCGAUCAUCGAUUUCUUUGGCGAGGCAGAAUCGACCGCGGAUCUGUCCCCGGAUCAGGUCGACCGUAUUGGUCUGAACGGGGUAUCUUCGCUCAACAGCUGGACGCCGGUUCUGCGCAGCCAUAGGCCCAUGAGGAUACCGGUUUAGGAGGCGCAUGGGCGCCGUUUUUGUGUGUGUAGGUUUAGCAGAGUAAUUUAUUGGUCGCAAUAUUUUUUGUUGUGAGAAACAUCGAAAUGCAAAUGAAUUCAUCGACGCUUUAGUUCGAAAUAAUCCGUCCCCGGCGAAUGAAAUAUUUCCAAUUCGAAAACGCUUUCAAAAUGCUGCGAGUAGAAUAGCAGCGCCCCAAGUUAGGCACUGUCGUGUCGUGUCGGAAUGAUUGUAUAUUUAUUUUGUUUAUUUUUAUUUUUGUGUAAAGGAAAAAUGAUGCGUUGCUCAAAGACAGAAAGCUUCCCCUUUUCUGGUAAUAGCGCAUAUGUGAAUUAGUGUUUACGAUAGUUUUAAAGGAUAUUUAUGAAAAGACGAAAAAACCAAGCAAAGACCACUGUUUCGUUUUAUGACAAAAGUGAAUAAAGAU